AUGGUCCCCGAGUAUAAUGCUGAAGCCUUGUCUAGUGUCCCUAAGUGCAUAAAGGCUGCAGUGUGCCUUAAGGAGAAAAUGCAUGUAUUGGAAGGCUUUGUUCAGCUGUGCACUGUUGUGCUCUUGAUUAGUAUCAAAGUAAGCUGGCUGCCUCCUCCAUCAGGAACACAAAAUGGAUUUAUUACCGGUUAUAAAAUUCGACACAGAAAGACAACCCGCAGGGGUGAGAUGGAAACACUGGAGCCAAAUAACCUCUGGUACCUGUUCACAGGACUGGAGAAAGGAAGUCAGUACAGUUUCCAGGUGUCAGCCAUGACAGUCAAUGGCACUGGGCCACCUUCCAACUGGUUCACAGCAGAGACGCCAGAGAACGAUCUUGAUGAGUCUCAAGUUCCUGACCAGCCAAGCUCUCUUCAUGUGAGGCCCCAGACCAACUGCAUCAUCAUGAGUUGGACCCCUCCUUUAAACCCAAACAUUGUGGUGCGAGGUUACAUCAUUGGAUAUGGUGUUGGGAGCCCUUAUGCUGAGACAGUACGUGUGGACAGUAAACAGCGCUACUAUUCCAUUGAGAGGUUAGUAUACCACACCAUCUCUGACAGUUCAUCUCGGUGCCAUGCUCCAGAGGGAGAGAAGCCUGUGGUAGUACACAGGCUCUCGAACAAAGAGGUCAUGAUGCCAACUCACAGUGAAGUCAUGAAGAAAAGCUGCGUUGUUUCACCAUGUGCUUUUGAUAAUGGUGCUGCUUAUUACAAGGAGACUCUCCCAUGA